AUGUGCUAUUUGUAGAACAAGCCACUUUAAUAUUAAUAUUUAAAUCAAUCCAAUCCCUGUAAAAUUUAUGUAUUUUCAGAAAAUGAGGUUUAUCUGUUGAGAAAUCUUGAAUGAUUUUAUAAGGUUGUUAUAGUUAGUAAAUAAAUAUCUUGGAUAGUUUAAACAAACACGGUCAAAUUGUUUCCGCGUGAAAAAAAAUCAAAACAUUAUUAUAUAACGAUAUGUUUUACCUAUUUCUCAUAUUUUUAUUGAUCAUGGUUAUGUGUGAUCAAGUAUAAUGUUAACUUGUUUGAAAUGAAUCGGCUUUAUCUAUUACAUUUAAUCAAUACUUUAUAACUUCCUUGUAGUUUUUGAUCGCAUGAUUUUAACUGUUUGUAUAUUAUAAGGAAUAAGGUUGUUAUUAACUAAUCACAAGGUAGCGAUAUUUAUGUAAACACAAAAUAAUUGCUGUUGACAAUGGCGGUCUCUGGGAAAAGGCUUGAAAAGAAUACAAGAACUGCAAUAGGAAUAACGAGAAACUUUUGUGAAGCUUGCCUCGAUGGAAAUGUCACUACAGUGGCAGACGGAGUGUGUAAAGAAUGUAAGGAAUAUAUGUGUAACACAUGCUUUCAACAUCAUCUUAAAGCAAGGCAAUGUAGACAUCAUGUUUUAGUUGAUAUAGAUUCAACGCUGGUCCUUGAGAAAGAUGAAACAUGUGAACAACAUACAAAUGAAAUUAUCAAAUAUUAUUGUCGCAGCCAUGAUCGUGUAGGUUGCGGUGAUUGUAUGGUACUUGAACAUGGCGAUUGUAAGACUGACUUCAUAGAGAACUUUUCAAAAAACUUUGAAGAAAAGGAAGAUUUCAAAGUCAUGGUUCAACAACUUGAAAGCUGGGAAUCUGAAACCACAUUCCAUGAAAAUAAACUUAAAGGUGAUAAGAAGAAAGUCAACACAAGUCAUGAAAACGCACUGAAGAAAAUCCGAGUCUUUAAAACAAACAUGACAAAGCAUUUUGACGAAGCUGAGUCUAUUAUUCUAGCUGAGGUUGAUGCUUUAAAUUUUGAAUACGACACGCUAUUGGAGAAGUUAGGCGAAGAUUUAAAAGCACUUUCAUCCAAUAUAAAAAGAGCGAAAUUUCGAAUAAGUACAGACAAUUAUCGAGGAAAGACGUUGUUUGUUCGAUUUACUCAGAAUAAGCCAGAAAUUGUUACAAUAAAACAGACACUUGAACAAAUAAAGCUGGAUCACGAUGUGAGUGGAUACGAGUUCCAACCGGAUGAACAACUUGUUGAUUUCCUUUCUUCUAAUAGAAAUUUGGGUAGUUUGGUUAAUAUCUUGCAUUCAGAGGCAUUGGAAGACUUUCUCCAGUAUGCAGGAGCUGACAAAUCUCCAGAAGAUGGUAAAAGUGCAGAAGAUGAUGAAAGUGCAGAAACUGUAGGUGAUUAUAAAACAGUGGGAGAUGAUAAAACUGCAGAAACUGUAGUUGAUUAUAAAACAGCGGGAGCUGAUAAAACUGCAGAAACUGUAGGUGAUUAUAAAACUGCAGAAACUGUAGGUGAUUAUAAAACAGCGGGAGAUUAUAAAACUGCAAGAACUGUAGGUGAUUAUAAAACUGCAGAAACUGUAGGUGAUUAUAAAACUGCAGAAACUGUAGGUGAUUAUAAAACAGCGGGAGAUGAUAAAACUGAAGAAAUUGUAGGUGAUUAUAAAACUGCAGAAACUGUAGGUGAUUAUAAAACAGCGGGAGAUGAUAAAACUGAAGAAACUGUAGGUGAUUAUAAAACAGCAGGAGAUGAUAAAACUGCAGAAAUUGUAGGUGAUUAUAAAACAGCGGGAGAUGAUAAAACUGCAGGAACUGUAGGUGAUUAUAAAACUGCAGAAACUGUAGGUCAUUAUAAAACAGUGGGAGAUGAUAAAACUGAAGAAACUGUAGGUGAUUAUAAAACAGCGGGAGAUGAUAAAACUGAAGAAAUUGUAGGUGAUUAUAAACCUGCAGAAACUGUAGGUGAUUAUAAAACAGCGGGGGAUUAUAAAACUGAAGAAAUUGUAGGUAAUUAUAAAACUGCAGAAACUGUAGGUGAUUAUAAAACUGCAGAAACUGUAGGUGAUUAUAAAACAGCGGGAGAUGAUAAAACUGCAGAAAUUGUAGGUGAUUAUAAAACAGCGGGAGAUGAUAAAACUGCAGGAACUGUAGGUGAUUAUAAAACUGCAGAAACUGUAGGUGAUUAUAAAACAGCGGGAAAUGAUAAAACUGCAGAAACUGUAGGUGAUUAUAAAAAAAGAAGAAAAAAGAAGAAAAAACGGCAGAAACUAUGUGAUUAUAAAACUGCAGAAACUGUAGGUUAUUAUAAAACUGAGAAAUUGUAGGUGAUUAUAAAACAGCGGGAGAUGAUAAAACUGCAGGAGCUGUAGGUGAUUAUAAAACUGCAGAAACUGUAGGUGAUUAUAAAACUGCAGGAAAUGAUAAAACUGCAGAAACUGUAGGUGACUAUAAAAAAAGAAGAAAAAAGAAGAAAAAACGGCAGAAACUAGGUGAUUAUAAAACUGCAGAAACUGUAGGUUAUUAUAAAACUGCAGGAGAUGAUGAAGAUGCAGAACCUGUAGUUGAUGACAAAACUGUAGAAGAAUACAAAACUGUAAAACUUGAAAAUGAAACUGGGCCGAUAUGUAUUGGUGCGCGUGUCUGUCCACUGCCAGACUGUACACUAGGAUGUCUGAGUCACAAUAAGAAACCCGGUACCAUAGUAUAUGUGGAAUCUGGCGGAACCAUUACUGUGAGAUGGGACUAUUCAGGCCAAGUGAAGUAUGGUUACAGAAUUGGAAAAUCCAAGUGUGGAAAUGGUAUUAAACUUAUCUAAAGAUUUCAGGCAAAAUCGAAGAGAGGAAAACAUAUGUACCGACGUGUAAAUCCGCAUAUUUAUAGAAAUAAUCAUAUUUAAAGCUUUCAAUGAUAAACAAUAAUAAGUUCCCAGCUUCAACUUCAUAGGAUUCGCAAGUUUAUUUUUGGUUUAAUGUCAUUUUUAAAAAGUAAAUAAAUUAUUCAUAUGACGACAUUCAUUAUGAAAGACUUCUAUUGGAAGAACGACUGAAAUAUGUUGUGGAUUUGAAAUAUUGCUGAUCAAAUAUACAAGAAAUCGGAUAAACAGUUGGGUCUUCUCCAUCAUGGAAAAUAACAAAGAAAUCAGCGAUAUUUUCUAUUCUCGGAAUGUAAAUUAAAAUAAUAAAAAAUAAAUAUAUA